CAAAAUAUUUCUUGCUUUUACAAAGUUGGCUCUACAAGUUUUUAAACCCGCCAUAGUGCAACAUGACUCAAAAGCUGCUUAUACAGUAUAAUAUACGGUUAUAUACCGUAUUUUAAAGUGACUAAAAUACCCCUGUUUAUUUGUCCAUAAAUAUCAAGCUCCAACAAUGCAAUUCUUCCCUUUUCCCCUUCUCAUCUCUCUCAUCUCUCUACUAGGAAAAAUAAGCAAUUAUGUUGUCCACUGUACCGGCCUUUUCCAUGUCUGACCCGGGUUUAGUUAAUCAAUUUCAGGGAUUCCAAACCGGGUUCACUCCUUGGGAAUGGGACUGCUCUGAUCUCUUUUCCGUUAACCAGCUGUCUCUUGAACCGGCCGUUCCCAGUCCAUGUUUUGCUGAAUCCGACUCUGGUCUCGUCAAAAUUAACUCUGGUUUUGAUGACAUCAAACCCGGUUCUGAUGAAGAAUAUACCGGUUUCAUCAAAACUAAACCCGGUUUUGACGAAGCCCAAAGUUCCCACGGCGUACCAGAUGAACCGGACUCGGACGACCCAAAACAAUGGACAGCCAUCGCGAGUUUACACUCGGGAGAGCAGAAUCAUAACCGGAAUACACUAAUUCAACCGGAGAUGACCGAGGAGAAGAAGAGGAAGAGGAUGGAAUCGAACCGGGAAUCAGCGAAACGGUCGAGAAUGCGUAAACAAAGUCACAUUAAUAACUUAAGGAACCAAGUAAACCAGCUCGACAUGGAAAACCGUGAGCUCAAGAACCGGCUCCAGUUAUUUACAUACCAGCUUCAACGAGUGAAUACAGACAAUAUCCAGCUCGUGGCGGAACAAGACAUUCUCCGGUUAAGAUUGUCGGAGAUGAGGCGGAUCCUGAUGAUCAGACAACUUCAACAACAACAACAAUGGGAACUCAAUAACCGGAGAAUGAUCAUGACUGAACAAAACCCAUCUACGAUCAUGGAUCAUAUGAUAUAUAUAAGUAAAUAAUAAAAACAAAAAAAAUUAGAACGAUACCAUCAAUCUCUUUCUUUGUCUCUCUAUCUCUCUA